UCGCAACACACUAUUCAGGUCGGUAGAGGUAGUAGUCCUGUAUUGUUCUUUUAUAGCACAGCCCUCCCAUCCAUUCAAUAAUACCUCCCCAUCGUCUGCAAGUGUGGUGACAUGCAGUGAGUGACCGUCGGAAAAUAUUUUUACGUACUUGAAACCACGUUCGUAAUGCGGAUUCACAACCAUGGCGACGCCAAAGAUCACAAUUGCGACCGAUGACGACUUGUCCAUCAAGCCCGCAGAUUCGAGUAGCGCGCCGAAUCUCGGUGGUGUAUUCCACACGCGAAGCUUAUCACGACCUCGUAGUCGUCGAACGAAUUCCCGCCCCUCUCAUGAGAGGCGGAGCGAACAUCUCGAUGUGGAGGAUGAGGAUGAUUGGCUUCGCGAUGACGGCAGGAAGAAACAGGUCUUCAAGGGAACUGCGCUGCUUUGGUUGGCGUAUCAAUCGGUUGGUGCUAUUUACGGGGACAUUGGAACGAGUCCUCUAUACGUGUUUUCGAGUACCUUCACCGACCAACCUAGUUAUGACGACCUCCUUCAAGUUCUCUCGGUCGUCGUAUGGUCCUUGACCAUUAUGGUGACGCUGAAGUACAUUUUGAUCAUCUUACACGCCGACAACCAGGGAGAAGGGGGCACGUUCAGCUGCUAUUCACUUCUCACUCGAUAUGCGAAUAUUACCGAUCGCGAUCCGCGCGAAGCUCGUCUUAUAAAGAUGGAGCGUCAUGAGACUCAGGAUAUGCGCCCGAGUAAUAGAACCGUUCGCUCAACUAUUGAGCGAAGUAUGUUCACGCGUGGUUUACUAAAGACUAUUGGUGUGCUCGCGGUCUCGAUGGUUAUCGCAGACGGUGUUCUUACACCUGCGCAAUCCGUCCUUGGUGCAGUCCAAGGUCUCUCGGUGGUAAGCUCUAACAUAACCAGUCCCACCAUCGUCGGUACAUCAUGUGGAAUAUUAGUCGUGCUUUUCCUCAUCCAACCUCUCGGCACUACGAAGCUCGCCACCGUUUUCGCUCCAAUUGUGAUCUUGUGGCUCGGAUUCAAUGCUGGUUUUGGCAUUUACAACCUGGUCCAGUAUGAUCAUUCAGUAUUGAAAGCCUUCUCACCGUAUUAUGCUAUCCACUUCUUCAUGGAGAAGAAAACGGAGGGCUGGAAGAUGCUCGGUGGGAUCUUACUCGCAUUUACCGGUGUAGAGGCCUUGUUCGCGGACCUUGGCGCGUUUAGUAUGAGAGCCAUCCAGAUUAGUUGGCUGUCCUGGUGCUACCCUUGCUUGCUGCUGGCGUAUGUCGGACAGGCUGCGUAUAUCAGUGUGCAUCCUGACGCGUACACAAAUCCGUUUUACAAUGCAGUCCCUCCUGGUAUGCUGUACCCCAGUUUAAUUGUAGCUGUGCUUGCAGCUAUUGUUGCUUCGCAAGCUAUGAUUACGGCAGUUUUUCAGCUCAUUAGUCAAUUGAUGAAACUAUCAUACUGUCCUCAAGUGAAAGUCGUCCACACAUCGACGAAAUUCCAUGGGCAACUCUAUGUACCAUUCGUUAAUUGGAUCUUAUUGUGUGGAACUAUUCUUGUCACUUGCGUCUACUCCAACACAACUCGCCUCGGAAAUGCAUACGGUGUAUGUGUUAUGUUCGUGACGUUUUUCGAUACCUGCAUGGUAACCCUCGCGUCUCUAAUCGUCUGGGGAUUUUCACCAUAUCUCGUCUUCAUACCGUGGCUCUUCUUCGCCACUGUCGACGGCCUAUACUUAUCGUCGGCGCUCACAAAAGUCCCCGACGGAGCUUGGUUCACGAUCACCAUUGCCGGAAUUCUUGGCUGCAUCUUCCUGCUCUGGCGCUUCGGCAAGGAAAACCAAUGGCGUGCUGAAGCCGAAGACCGUUUCCGACCCGGGCAACUAGUCCACCGAACGGAAGACACCCUCGAUAGCCCCUUAGUUAUGGCCCCUCGCUGGGGUGGCGGCGCAGUUAGCCGCUUCAGAGGUUUCGGUAUUUUCUUCGACAAGACAGGUAUACUCACACCAACCGUAUUUACACAAUUCGUUAGCAAAUUCGGUACGGUACCCGACGCCAUGGUAUUCUUCCACCUACACCCAGUCGAAGCCCCAUCUGUUCCCUCGAGUGAACGCUACGCCAUCUCGCGCAUCCCCGCCAUCCCCUGCUGUUACAGACUCGUCGUGCGACGCGGUUUCAUGGACGAAGUUAUCACUCCAGAUUUAGCAGCCCUGAUUUACGAGCAAGUGCGCGACUUCGUUAUUCGCAAGGCUACUAGUGGCGAUGAAGACGAGCAAGUUGGUACCGUAGAGGAUAGGGCGCAGGAGCAAAGCCAAACUAACGGGUCUACGGCGGGACUUGAUUUUACCACCACACCCGCUGCGGCGAGGCCAGUCGAGAGGAAUUUGGCGGUUCGCGUGCUCGCGGAUGAGGCGGCAAAAGCGGAGCUUGGAAGACUAGAUCGGGCGUUCGCUACGAAGGUCGUGUAUGUUGUUGGUAAGGAACAGAUGCGUAUUAGGGAUCACCCCGUGUCGUUUCCUCGGCGUAUCAUAUUGACGACGUUCCUCUGGAUAAGGGAUAAUACACGAGCUAAGAUUGCAAACUUGCGACUUGCGAUGGAUAGAGUUGUCGAAGUUGGUUUUGUAAAGGAGAUCUAGGGGUGUUGGCAGGGGGCACCUAGAUUAACAUAAAGUGAAAUGACGAAGUCAAGAUAUUUUGAAAUAGAUGUAG